AUGAAUGCCUUUGAGAUGGCUUCCUUGACCAACUGGUCCAUGGAGAAUGGACCUCCGAGCCGCCGCUCCACUGGUGAGGGUCGUGCCGCCCCCGAGACCAAUAGCUCCCCCCCCACUACGGGGGGGGCAGGUCAGAUCCCGGGGUACGGAGCCCACCGUCAGCGACAGGAGGCUCGCGCGCUUAUGGGCUCGAUUGCGGAGCGCCGGGGAAAGAACAUCCCCGCCCUAAUCUUAAUCCGUGGCGAUGUGCCUAGUCCCCUGUCGCGCCGACAACGUUGGGUCCCUGGGUGCCGCUUAUGCCGGUACCUUUGCCGGAGCCAGAGCUCAGCAGUUAGCCAAUGA